AAAAUUUAGGGAUAAAAAAAAAAAGAAAAGAAAAAGGACAUUCCUGAUUCCUCCCUUGGCAUAUGGCAUACCUAAGUUUUGAUUGAUGAGUGCGCAGUAGAGACUUCUGAAAGUCUAUGGAGACCAGUACGAGCAACAAAUACAGGAGAGUAACUAAAGAAGAAGUUAUAGCAAAGAUCAAGGACGAUGGUGACUUCGACAAACUCCGCCUUAUGAUCAUCCGCAAGAUCAAAGAGAAUCAAGAAUUGCGCAACAACAUUACUUCGAUUGUGCGCCAAUCGGUGGCUCUAAAUCGUCCAGGUUCGGAAAAUAUGAAGCCCAGACAACUCUCCGAUGCCAUAUUCGAGGAGGUUGGGAAUGGAGUGAUGACCCAGAUUUCGGAUAAUGUGUGGGAGAUAAUCCGAUCGGAUCAUGGCAUGAAAAAUGAAAUAAAGGAAACAGUGCAAUCUGUGUAUGAUAAGUUAACGAACCCUGAAACAAAAGAGAUGGGUGAGUUACCAACACAUGAUGUUGUGAAAGUCGAUAAGGGAGUGGAAAACAAUGGUUCUAUUGUGGCCUCUGCUGCUGAUUUUCAUGGAACAUUGGAUGAAAGUGAGCUUCAAGAGCCACCGGGUUUUUCUCUGGCAAAUAAUCAUCAGAACAACAACUGUGAAGAGAAACAUGAAGAGGUUCAGCAGUUAUCCAGACCACAAGCUGAUGGAUCUCUGGAAGAGCACAAGGAUGAAGCCCACUACUCAAAGGAUGUCUCCAAGCAGGAUGAUGUUCUUGGUGUGCCACCUGGAUUUUCUGCAGGCAAUGGGCAACAGCAGCUAUGUGACAGUAGCGAUGAGGACCCCGAUGUGCCUCCUGGUUUUGGUUGAUGAGGCAACUGACAAUUCUGUUUGCAGCCUCACUUAUGCAACUAUAGUACUUGGUGGAGACAAUUCAAUGAAUGAUAGGAUAGGCAGAGAUUCCUUAAUACCUCCAAAGUGUUUGAACUAAAUGGGGGGACCUUGAUAGAUCAGUUUAUAGGCCAUGCAUGAAGGUUUGAUGCUUCAGUUCGUCUUUGUAUCUUUCCAUGUUAUGGUUAAAUGGGAUUAUCUGUUAUGUGAUUUUCAAUUCAAAUUAAUGACCAAGCUUCUGGGAGAUAUUGAUUAUAAGUCUAACUAAUUAGUGUUGAAUUGGUUUCUAUUA